AGCCACGACCCAAAGAUUGAGAAGAAGAAACAAAAGCUCAUAAUUUUGGGCUGCGUGUUAAUUUGUGUAAUUAUUAUUACUAUUAUUAUUGUGUGGAAGGCGUCGGCCAAACCUCCCUGUGGUCGUCGUCCGCCCCGAUUCUUCUAUAUCUCUCUGUUUCUCUCUUUCUCCAUCCCACCCCGCAAUCAUUGUGGCAGAUUCCAAUUCCCAGCCGAGUCAUUUAUUGAGCGGAAGAAAGUUUCCUUUUUGAUCGACCUUGGCUGCUCUUUCCCCCAAGGAAGGAAGCUUCUUUCCUUUUCUUACUCGCUUUUUAAUUCGGUUUCCUCUUGCUUGCGCUCAAGAACGGCUUUUUUGAUCUUUUAUUGGAAAGAUCGCAAGCUGUUCACAGAGAGAGAGAGAGAGAGAGAGAGAGAGAGAGCCCGUUAGUAUUCUUUUUCCUUUCCCCCCCUCAUUUCAUUGAAAGAUUCUUGCUUUCGUUGUCUCCGUGCCGCCGUCAAUGGAAGAGAGCGAGUGGCGGAUUAGGGCGAGACGGAAGAUCUGCGAGUGACUAGGUCGCCGGGCCCGACGAAGGCUCGGGAUGGGUUCGGCUGAUCAGAUGGUGGCGGACAGCGAGACGGCGGAUCAGUUGGCGGCGGCCGGGACCGGCGCAGCUGCCGGGAGCGGGUGCCUCCAGAAGUUCAGGCUUUACGAGACUCGAUCGAUGUUUUAUAUAGUUGGAAGCAACAAGAGUAGGGCACAGUGGAGGGUGUUAAAGAUCGAUAGGUUGGAGCCUUCUGAGCUGAAUAUUCGUGAGGAUCCAACAACAUACUCCACAAGUGAAUGUUAUGACUUGCUGAAGCGCGUACAUGAGGGAAAUAUUUCAACUGGGGGAUUAAGAUUUGUGACUAAAUGUUAUGGCAUCGCUGGGUUCAUAAAGUUCCUGGGUCCGUACUACAUGCUGCUCAUUACUAGGAGAAGGAAGAUUGGUACCAUAUUGGGUCAUACCAUAUAUGCUGUCUCCAAGAGCGAAAUGAUUGCACUUCCAAAUUCGGCUGUGCAGUCCAAUUUGGUCUACUCUAAAGAUGAGAACAGAUACAAGAGGCUACUGUGCACUGUGGACCUCACAAAGGACUUCUUCUUCAGCUACUCAUACAACAUCAUGCGUAGUCUUCAAAAGAACCUAUGUGAUGGCAAGACAGGGCAAGUUCUCUAUGAAACAAUGUUUGUUUGGAAUGAGUUCUUGACGCGUGGCGUCCAUAAUCAUCUCAAAAACACUAUGUGGACAGUUGCAUUGGUUCAUGGAUUUUUUAAGCAGGCAAAACUUUCAAUAUUUGGUAGAGAUUUUAUGUUGACGCUCAUUGCUAGGCGCUCACGUCAUUUUGCUGGCACAAGGUACCUAAAACGUGGUGUUAAUGAGAAGGGUAGAGUAGCCAAUGAUGUUGAGACAGAGCAAAUUGUAUUUGAAGAUACUCCAGAAGAAAUUCCUUCACAAAUAACUUCUGUUGUACAGAAUAGAGGUUCCAUACCCCUUUUCUGGUCUCAGGAAACUUCAAAAUUAAAUAUUCGGCCUGAUAUUAUCUUGCAUAAGAAGGACAAGAACUAUGAAGCUACACGGCUACACUUUGAAAAUCUUGUAAAGCGAUAUGGCAACCCAAUAAUUAUUUUAAAUUUGAUUAAGUCACGUGAGAAGAAGCCUCGAGAAUCAUUGCUGCGUGCAGAGUUUGCCAAUGCAAUUGAUUUCAUAAAUAAAGAUAUACCAGAGGAGAGACGCCUGAAAUUCUUGCACUGGGAUAUUCAAAAACAUUCUAGAAGAAAAGUUGCCAACGUGCUGGAAUUAUUAGGCAAAGUGGCAGCUUAUGCAUUGGAUCUAACAGGCUUCUUUUAUUGCCAAGUAACACCAGGCUUGCAAAUUCAGGACCUUCCUAGCCGAGGCAGCACAGGAGAAGCCAUUGGUUCUUAUAGCAAUUCCUUGAAGGAUGAAAGUACAUAUUUUGGAACUGAACAGAGUCAUGGUAAUUUCAUUAAUGAAGUUCAGAAUGGAGACAAUUUGGCUCUAUCACCUAGGUUCCAAAGAGGUGUCCUUAGGACAAAUUGUAUAGACUGCUUGGACCGCACAAAUGUUGCCCAGUAUGCAUAUGGUUUGGCUGCUCUUGGUCAUCAGCUUCAUGCCUUGGGAUUUCUAGACAUCCCAGAAGUUGAUCUAGAUUCUCCUUUGGGUGAUGAUUUGAUGGUUUUCUAUGAGAGAAUGGGUGAUACACUUGCCCUACAAUAUGGUGGUUCUGCUGCGCACAACAAGAUUUUCUCUGAAAGAAGAGGUCAAUGGAAGGCUGCAACCCAGUCCCAGGAGUUGUUUAGGACCAUCCAACGAUACUAUAGCAAUGCUUAUAUGGAUGCCGAGAAGCAGGAUGCUAUUAAUAUAUUCUUAGGGCAUUUCCAACCUCAACAAGGUAAAGCAGCACUUUGGGAGUUGGAUUCAGAUCAGCAUUGCAAUAUUGGUCGGCGUCAUACUUUUGCCGAUGAAAAUGCAAGGUCAUUUAUCAAAAGAUCCCUAUCAGAUGGCAAUAUUCUACGUGAAAGCCAAACACCUGUCUCUGGCUGUGAUGCUGGACCAAACAAAGUAGCUUCUUCGGCACUGCCUUCAAGAGUACAACACGAGUCAAAUGUCAAGGGUCUAUGUGAUUCUACACCAGAAAUUUCAACUUGUGAAAAUGACAUAUCAUAUUCAAGGUGCACUCCGAUGAUCUCCAGGAGUCAACUCUUUUCAGAUUGUGGGCAUAUAUGUUUAAGCGAGCAUAGAUUUAAUGAUUCAAACUGUUCAAACUUCCUGGACUUUGAUUGGCUUUCAUCGUCGGGGAAUUCAUGUGAUGAUGAAGGUUGUGAAAGGUCACCUCUUAUUAACUCACCGCCGAGGAAUGUUUCCACUGAAAAUGUCACUGAUGGUGUAAUUGCUGAAGAAACUUCAAUUUUAAGUGAGGAAGGUCCUAAUACUAAGGAAGCUGAAGCCACUGAUGUUGCACAAAGUUCCAACCAUGGCGAGUUUUCUGAUAGUUUUGCGCAUUGGGUCAACCACGGUGGGGCUCUAUGUUACUGAUGUCAAAGCAGUCGUCGAAUCAUUCUCGGUAUCACUCGCUUGCCUUGUGAAUUAUGUCAAUGCUAUAAUUUCUAGUAAGGAGAGAAGAAUGACAUAUGUAGGUGGAAUUAGAACGUUAAAUAGAACUUACGGCAUUCAUCUGUAAAAUAUUAGUUUAUACUUUUCGAUCAGUUUCUUGCAGAGAUACAAGUAGUAUAUAUUGGAACACAGAUGCAAUUCUUUAGAGCCAAGCUCAGUUAUUUUUAUGUCCAACAGGAUGUUUUGUAAAUAGUAAUAUAAAUAAAUAUUUUAUCACAUGAGUCCCAGUA